AUGAACCUAGACACCCUCUUCCAGCAGAUCCAGCGCACGGAGAAGCAGGCCGAGGAGAAGAGGCGCCUCAUGCACCAAGUUAAACUGGACAUCAACAGAAGUUAUGAAAAAAUUGGCCAAAUAAAAGAAGAACUGAGCAACGCAAAAAUCACAUUAGAAACUAAGGUUCAGCAUCUUUCUGAAAAACUCUUCUACUUAGAACUUCUGAAGAAACGAGAAGACAGCUUGGAAAAACAGAAAGUAGAACUUAAUAAUCAAAAGAGCACUCUUCUUAAAACCUUUACAGAUGAAAAGAGAAAGAUGACUGAAGAAGAAGAAAAAUUUACUAGGGAAGUAACAGAAUUUAACAACGAAUAUGGACUAACAAGUAACAGAGAUCUUCUGAUUAAAAAUAAAGUCAAGACUGAAAUAAAUGAUUUAGAGAAGGAAGCAGCUCUUUUAAAAAGUGAAAUGGAGUCAAUGGAACAUAAAAAUGUUCAGUUAAAUGCACUCCAGUUGCAGAAGAAUGAAUUAAAGCAGGAUUUAUUUGCUCUCCAGAGCAAACUCCAAGAACUUGAAAAUGUAUUCAGAGAGGCUAAAGAAAUUACAAAAGAUUUAGAAGCAGAAAAAGUCCAAGUCACUGAAAAACCUCAGACUGAUCCUGAAUGUUUAAGACUUAAGAAAGAAUUGGAAAAUUGCAAAGAUGAUCAUUGGGAAAAUGUCUGUGAGACCUUUCAAACAGAAAUUGAGAUUCUGCAAAUGAAACUAUCACAAAAGAAGUCUUCAGGCAACUGA